AUGGGGAAUGAAAUGCCAAUGCAGAGCCUGUGGCCGGAGAACCUGCAGAUCCCACCCGUCAGCCACGCCUCCACCACCGCUUGCGUCCUCACCACCGCUACAGUGCAGUUGGAAUUGAUCACACCUUUUCAGUUGUACUUCAAUCCUCAAUUAAUUUUAAACACUUUUAGGGCAUUGCAGUUGUACACAUGUAUUUUUUCUUGGAAGAUGUAUUUCAAAAUGAGCCUGGCAGAAUAAGAAUUCUGAAAAUACCAUCUAUUUUGAGGAGCAUUUUUGAUACACCAUAUAAAGAUCCAAAUU